GAGAUGGCAUGGUAUUUAUCUCUCAAAUCCAAUUGCUAGCUUGCUGGCAACAUACUUCUCAUUUAUACUUAGUCCAAACUAGAUGGUUCACGUGUUAAGUGUUAAUUGACGUAACAAACCAAGUCAAUAGUACAAGCUUCGUAAAAAUCACACUAAUAAGACACUUCAACAAGCCACAAUAUCACUAGAGUCGGUAUUUGUGAAUAUCCUGUGGGGAUGACCGCAAGAGCCUGUACAAUAUGGUGAUCAGAGUCGACAACAAUCACCAACACAGUUCAACGUUCUUUCGUUGUCUUUAAGCCGCCUAAGUGGUGACAACCACCAAUUGUAACAAGUAUCUCGUAGCUUAAUAUGAUUACUAGUGCUUACCAGAUACAACAACUCAAUGCAAAUCGGUAGAUAUCACUCUCAAUCUUACUUUGGAUGAAUCAUUAUCACAAAAAUUGAGUGAUAGAUGUUUUCUUGGGAUUACUAGGGUCUAUAUCAAGUUGAGAAGUCGGUACCCUUACACCGAACUCGAACAUGCUCUAUUUAUAAUGUCUCGAGAAGCAACUAGCAUUUGGUCCUUUACUAUGUAGAAAUCUAGGUCGUCGAACCGUUCGACUCCUUUAGUGCAACAACGAUCGAACUAUAGUUUGUAGAGCUUAUCGCCCUCCAUAAAGUGAACAUAGAGCAACUAGUGACGUUAAAUUAGUCCAAUGUCCCGUCCUUGAACCAAAACACAUGAUCCGGCGACCUUGUUCCUAAACAUACAGAAUGUCUAUCCCAACAACCUACAACAUCAAGUGCUUGGAUGUGACAUCUUACCAUUUAGGAGAGCAAAGCUCCGAGAGUAACACAUGUAACAACUAGAGAUUAUUUGACUUGGUCAAGUGCCUAAGAGUUGGACAACUCUCACAAGAUAUCUCAAGCUAUGUAAUGCCACUAAGGCCUGUUUGUUUGAGAUUAUAAUCUGUUCAGAUUAUAUAAUAUACCUUAUUUUGAACUAACAAUUCAAAAUAAGUUGCAUUAUAUAAUCUAUACAUAUUAUAAUUCCAAACAAAUGGGCUCUAAGGCUAGCUCACAAAGCUUGGCUCACUCUCUAAUCAAGAAAUAAUGUCUCUAAUCACCACGCUGCUUCUGUAGCACACAUCUCUGCCCCUUCCUUUGGUUGUAAAAGCAAAGCAGGAAGCUGCAACAAGUGAAAGCAAAUGUGCACUGCAAUGGGGGCGCCAAAGCUAAAGCCUGCCUAAAGGGAACGGCAAGCGAGUCGUUUGGAUUGGUUUGGUUGCCCAUCUCCCUCCCUCUAACCAACUCCAAACCAAAAGCUAGCGCAACGGGAAAAUAAAAGAAACUCACUUCCGUCCGGUCCGGUCCGGUCCGUUCCGUUGCGGUGGGCGAUUCGCAUUCGCAUCGCAUCCCAGGCAGCGAAACGGGAACGGCAAGCCACCGCCUCAAACGCCUAGUCCACUCCAAGCCCCAGUCGAUGAGACGCCUCGAGGUCGCCGCGCUCGCCCUCCUCGUCGCCGGCGCCGCGGCCGCCGCUCUCGUCCUCCUCCUCGCCGUCUGCCGACAGGGGGGCAGCAUUGGCAAGCGGCCCGCGGCGCCCGAGCUGCCGGUCUCGACGCACCGCGCGCCCACAGCCGCCACCAAGAAGGGCUGGCGCCGCCGCCACCACCACCUCGCCCUCCUCCUCCUGCUGCUCUGCUCGGGCCGCCGCCGCCGCCGCGCGCGCGUGGAGGUGGAUCCGGGCUGCCGAACUCCGUCCCCGUACGCCGGCGACGCGCCAUCGUCCUCCACGGCGGUGCUGGAGGAGGAGGAGGUGGUGGCGGCGUGGCGGGAGCGGUGGAUCGGCGGCCCCGCCUUGCGGGCGCUCUACACCAUCUACGAAGAGGCGGACGAGGAGGCCGCAGGCGACGGCGAAGGCAUGGACGGCGACGCGCGGGAGACGGAGACGCCGUUCUACACGCCGCCGGCGUCGCCGCCGCGCGCGGGCGGCGACGGUGGGAGCAACGGAGCCGUUCCGACCCAACCCACCGACGGCGCCGCCGCCCCCAUCGUCCCAGCGCACGCGGACACAGAAGACGUAGCUGACGCCACAUUAGAUGGUAGGUAGGUGACGGCGUGACGCCCGCCAUUAGCACGUAAGCGACGCAUGGUAGCAUGCAGGUAAUCUUUUUUUUUUCUCUCGAUUAGUCGAUUGAGAGAUUAAUACAGUGAGUGACCGAGAUGCAUGCCAUCAGGACAAUGCAUCCUCCUACCUAUGCCAUUGCCAUCGUUGCUAUUCUGUUCACAAUCGAAAUGCAGCCAACAGAAUUAACAAUCAAGCAUGCAUUGCCGUGUAGGCAGUAGCUAAUUAAUAAGUGUAUUUACUCCACUUUGCUAGCCUAAUAGACGACCUAGUCUUUGUUGACCAGCAGGACUUUUGCUUUCACAGAUUUAAUCCUAGCUCCCUCUUUUUCACUUGAGAGCUGUAUGUAUGGCUCAUGGUGCAAAAAUGGAGGUUUCCCGGUGAGCAGGGAGCUCA